UUAAAAAAAGUGACAGGUUGGGGGGAAGAAUAAAAAUGUAAUACAUGUAAUAAUUUUAUUUUCUUUUGUUACUUAAUUUAAACCUUUGCAGUAUAGGCGUAACGCGUUUAUUUAAUGAAGAUUUAAUGAUGAUGUUACAUUGUUCAAAACGUUGACCUUAGUUUCUAAAGUGUUAACAAAAUCGCACUCUUAACAAAAGGUAUUAUUGAACUGCUUCAACUUAAAUGAAGAAUGAACUGGCAGACAAAAAUGAGUUUCACAAUGAUUCAAAACAAAAUACGGAGAGUAUAAAGAUGUUAUCCUCAUUAAAUGCAACAAACAAUGAGAAAAUUUCUAAUACUGAUUUAAAAUCUUCAAGCCCCUCAUCAAGUCCGCGGAGCAGUCCGCGCCCAAGUCCUCGACCUCAGACUAGACAGGAGCACAAUAAAUCAGAAUUCUUAUCUACAAGCUACAUUAAUAAAGACCAACAACAAUCCUUUAAACACGAAGGCUCUCCUUCGAGUCAGGAGAGUUCAACUAGCAGGGUCAGUUCAAUCAGUAAUCCAGAGCAAGUGUACCAGAGUGAUAUAAAAAGCGAUACUAUUUCAUUAAAGGACAAGAAGGAUAAUAGAAGCAAGAAGAAAUCGUCCUGGUUCAACUCACUGAACCCAACUUAUAAAUCUCGUUCGGAAGACUUUAAAAAAUUGUUUGGAGAAGUGCCUACUGAUGAGAGACUAGUAGUGGAUUAUUCCUGCGCCCUUCAGAAAGAGAUCCUGGUGCAAGGGCGUCUGUACGUGACCCAGAAUUUUCUCUGUUUCUACGCCAACAUUUUCGGAUGGGAGACUAACCUGACCGUAAAAUGGAAGGACGUGGCCGCCAUCACCAAGGAGAAAACCGCCCUGGUCAUACCCAACGCAGUAUUAAUAUGUACCAAAGCGGAAAAGUACUUUUUCACCAGCCUGGUACAGAGGGACAAGACUUACCUAAUGUUGUUUCGCAUCUGGCAGAACGCGCUCAUGGACCAGCCCAUGACUACUCAGCAAAUGUGGCAAUGUGUUCAUCAAUGUUACGGCAGUGAGUUGGGUCUAACCAGCGACGACGAAGAUUAUAUUUCCCCAAACUUGGAGGACGAAAAAAUUUGUUCUAGAUUAUCAGUCGAUUCUUUUUCGGAAGUUGAAAGUAUUACUCCCGCGUUGGAUAAUGUGAUGGAACAGGUACUGAUCGAAGAGAAAAUGGGCGACACAGUUAGAUACUGUUCAACCCCGGCGGCCGGUUCUGACCACUCCGCCCCCCCUUCCGUCGAGAAUUUUGACCGGUCAGAUUCGGACGACGACAAACCUCUAACCAUGAAAGACGACCUGGAUACGACCGAAUGCACGGCAGCUCACGACGGCCGCGUGCUUGUGAUGGAAGAAUACCCCAUACACAUCGACCAGCUUUUCACCUUGCUCUUCACAUCUUCCAAAUUCUUCCUGGACUUUCACGCCUCGAGGAAGACCACCGACCUGACGCAGACGCCCUGGACCCACAACCCCAUCGACAACAGCAAAAGUCGAACGGUUAAUUUGACGCUGACCCUAGGUCAAACGGUGGGACCAAAGACCUGUCAGGUUACCGAGAAACAUGCUAUGCUCCCUUGUAGUAAAGCUGGCAGUCUUUACGCGGUGGACGUCGAGUCUGUAAACGCUGGAAUUCCCUAUGCUGACAGUUUCUAUGUCGUCGUACAUUAUUGCCUUAAAAAGGUGUCGGAAACGCACAGUUCAGUAUUUGUUACCGCUCACAUCAAGUACAAAAAGAAUGUUUGGGGUUUUGUUAAAGGUAUGAUAGAAAGGAACGUUUGGUCUGGUUUGGAAGACUUUUUCUCGAAAUUAAAAGAAGCGCUACAAACGGAAGGGGAAGAAAAUAUACCCGAACAAAGAAGAAAGUCUAGACGGAAGCGUCGACUACAUAAUUUACCAAAGUAUAGUCUUGAAGACAUUAGGUUAAAUAUUCCUAGGAAAAAAAUGUCACAUACAGGUGGUAUAUUCACCACCGAUGUUUGUACGGCCAUAAUAUUUGGCGUACUGUUGCUGUUACUAAUUAUAAACGUAAUGUUAUACCUAAAAUUGUGGUCCUUAGAGGAAGUGUCACCUAGUAGUUUUUUCGAUCCACGAGUUUUGCAGAAUCCUCCUAAAUCGCACGACGACUGGAUUAAGCUUUUGCAACAGCAAGAAAACCUGCAUAGCGUAGAGGCUCAAAAAUGGCAAAGAAUUCUGAGAAAUGCAGUCAGCCUUUUACGGCAGGCGGAAGAGUCACUGAACGAGCUUCAGAGAUCGAUUCAGCCCAACUAUUUGAGCAAGAUGUCUGAAAUGCAAGAAGAUAAUAAUCUCAGUAACGAAAAUCCUAAAUCAGAGUUAUAGAUCCUUUCUUCUAUCGAAUUUGGAAGAUGAACGCAAAAUUAUUCCUUUUGCUGCUCAUUAAAUCACCAGAUUUUAUUUGCAAUACCUACUGUUCAUCUUUAAGUAUUCGGGUUAAUAUUAGGGAUGGGAUUUUUUCCUAUAUAUCGAUACCUGUCGAUAUAUAACUUAUCGAUAAGUACAAUUCAUUAACGCCCAUCCCUAGUUAUUAGGUAUUUUACUGCAUUUAUUUAUUUCGGGGUAUUAGCAGUUUCUAAAAUAACUUAAUGUAAUUAUUUAAGGUAUAAAACUGUUAAAACAAUAUAGUUAUUAAUUAAAUACUGGAAUUUAGGCGUUUUGCAUUUAUACAAAAAAAAUGUCGGUUACCUACAUGCAUUUUCUCAAAAUUUGUAUAUAUUUAUAUGUAUAAUCAAUUUCUAUAUGUAGGUGUCUUAAAGUGAAUGUUUAUAGAAGCUCUUGGUGGUUGAAUUUAAAAGUAAAACGUAACAUAAAAACAGUAAUAAUUGUAGACACUGUAGAAGUAUUAGUUUCGGAAAGUGUACUUCUAGUGGCUAGUUCCUGUAAGUGGUUUCUUCUCUGGGUGGUGCAUAGUUUUAAUUCUUUGAUCACGUAAAAUUCAGUAAAAUACCUAUAGAUAUGUCAAUGGCGCACUGUGUUACUAUUUUUAGUAUAUAAUUUAUAAAUUGUUCCUUUAAAAAUAAAGAAGUGGAAAUUAA